AUCUCAUUAGACAUGAUAUUGAAGAUGAAGUUUAAAGACUUGACAUUUUUCUCGAUUAUGUUUUUUUCAGGAGAAAUCUUCGCAAAAGAUAAGCCCUGCAAUAGCCCCAGUGUAGAAAAUGGAGUGAUUGCUGAAUAUUACUACACAUUUUCAAGUCAUUAUUUUCCAAUGGAAAUCGGCAAAAGGCUUUCAUUCUCCUGUUUGGCUGGUUACUCAACUGAAACUGGAAAACAACGAGGGCAAAGCACUUGUACUGCAGAAGGGUGGUCUCCCACCCCAAAAUGUUUCAAAAAGUGUAGCAAGCCUGCCUUGAUUAACGGAUUCUUCCCUAAUUUGAAGACAUUGUACAAAAUUCAAGAGAACAUGCACUACAGAUGUGCUUCAGGCUUUAAAACUCCCAGAGGCAAGGAUGAAGAAACAAUACAAUGUCUUCCAACGGGAUGGUCUUCUCAACCAAGUUGUAACAAAGAAUUCGACUCUUGUUUAGCCCCCGAUUUAUAUCAUGGUCACUACUCCACCACACAGAAAGUGUUCAACGUGAAUGAAAAACUUCAAUAUGAAUGUGAUGAUGGAUAUCACACAACUGGAGGGAAAAGGAUGGAGGAAACUCAAUGUCUCUCACAUGGCUGGAUGCCAAUUCCACAAUGCUCUAAGCUAACAUGCACACCUUUAAGAAUAGAAAAUGGGAGGUUUUAUCCUAUAAAGAACACUUAUGAAGAAGGAGAUGUUGUCCAAUUCUUUUGCCAUGGAAAUUACUCUCUAACUGGAUCUGACUUAAUUCAGUGUUAUGAUUUUGGUUGGUACCCAGAGCCUCCCACAUGUGAAGAAAGAAUAAAUAGGUGUCCACCACCCCCACUUCCUCCCAGUGCCAAAAAACUACUGAGUUCAAGAAGGUUCCAACACGGAGAAACUAUCCGAGUAGAAUGUGAGCCAAAUUUUGAAAUCAAGGGGCCAGAAGAAAUCUACUGUGAAAAUGGAAAAUGGACCACACCUCCAGUCUGCAUUGAAACAAAGGUAAGGGUAAUGUGUGAUGAACCACCACUUAUUAAGCAUGGCACAGCCCCUCUAGAGGCCAAGGUCUACUUCAGUGGCGAUAAAGUGGAAUACAGGUGUGAAGAUGGCUACCUCAUGAAGGGAUCUAACGAAAUCAUUUGUAGGAAAGGAGGCUGGACAACGCCUCCUGACUGUGUUGAAAACAAUGAAAACUGUGGACCACCACCUGCUAUCAACAAUGGGGCUCUUAUUGAUGAAUUAUUGACAAGCUAUCAGUCAGGUUCUUCAGUGGAAUACAGAUGCACUAUGUAUUACUUGAUGGAUGGAAAUGCAAGAGUUUACUGUGGACAAGGAAGAUGGUCGGCCCACCCUACUUGCUUAGAACCAUGCUCAAUUAACGCUGAUUACAUGGACAUCAAUAACAUAGAAAGGAAAUGGAAACACGAUGAGCAGAGUUUUUUCCUACAUGGGGACAGCAUAGAUUUUCUCUGUAAACCAGGUUAUGAUUUAAUGCCGUCCUCCAGACCAUCUGAAUUAACAGUGUGGUGCAACAGGGGAACACUGAACUACCCGCAGUGCUAUAGAAAAGAAUCCAUAGGUCGAUGUGGACCACCUCCAAAUAUUAAGUUUGGAAAAAUUAUUGAAUCCUCACUGACAAACUAUGAAAAUGGUUCUUCAGUGAAAUAUAACUGUUUUGAACAUCAUUUCCUAGAAGGAUCUACUACUAUCUAUUGCUUGGAUGGCCAAUGGACAUCGCCACCAUUAUGUUUAGAACCUUGCAUUUUAUCUGGGGAUAAAAUGGACAGAAACAAUUUACUGCUAAGAUGGAGUUUUGACAACAGGCCUUAUUUCUUCCAUGGGGAAUAUGUUACAUUUAUAUGUAAGAGCAACAGUUACCCAGUCACAUCCUCUUCACCUUCUGGGAUGAGAGUCCGGUGUGAUGCAGGACAACUGGAAUAUCCCAUAUGUACUCUGAGAAGCAGGUAA